GAAUUGACCUUAUUGCCAAAACAAUAACAAACAAUGGCGACGAACGCUGUGGCCUUAUUCUUCCUGGUUAUACUGCUUUCAGUGGCUGAACAUGAGACAGCAACUGAAAACGUCUGUGCCAAGUGGAGUCAGAUAGCGACUCAGCUGACAGGCUCUGGAAGAACUCAGACUUGUACAAGUCCUCCAGCACCAAACUGCACUCGUCUGGAUUGCUCUGGAUCAAUCCGUUUCUCACAUUUUAUGUUCUCAAGGCACGGACAAGGUCCUAUUGCAGUUGACUACUGCUUUGGCAUGCAGCUCAAUUCCUGCAACAGUCCUAUCUCCAUAGACUUUUAUCUCGUUCUACCCCACUGGAAUAUCGACCACGACAUACGCAUCAGCGAGGACAAGAAUGUGGCGAUACCAGGCUUCACUAUCCCACUGGGCACUCUGGGCAAUGUCUCACCGGAGCUGGACUUUAAGUUUGAGAAGCAAGAUGACGGGAACGUCACGCUGUCUGUGAAAUCAAAAGCAAAGCUGAACGCGUACGGGACAACAAUGUAUGUGGACCAGCUCGAGCGAACUCUCGUCGACGAGGAAACCAUCCCCGUGCUACCCUGUGCACACACAAUCCCCGACGCCAGCAGCAGCCCGCCCAAAAGCUUCAAGGAGAGAGUGUGCCACCAGGGGGAGCCACCGGCAGCAGGAGCAGAGGCCUCCACUCUACUACCACCAGCAACGACAGUAGCCCCGGUCAAACCGCCAGCGUCAAAGACCUUAAACCAAUCUUGCUCUCUGACGAGCCCAUGCAGUCAAGGCGAAAUUUGUGACCCUGCGAGUAAUGAAACCUGCCAGUGUCAACUAGAGUGGAAACUGAUGGACGAUGUGUGUGUGACCACCAGUCAUCAUGGGUCUCCCUGUUCACACCGGGACCAGUGUGGCUACCACGAGAUAUGCACCCAGCAGGGGUCAAAGGGAACGGUUUGCUCGUGUGAGCCGGGAAGUGGCUACGAUGCCGUGCAGCAAAUGUGCAUGAGGGGAGAGACAGGAACUCCAGAGAAAAAUUCUUCUUCGAGCCACCCUGAUGUCCCUGCACCCGCCCCACACUCAGGCUCAGGGUCAGGGUCAGAGCCGGGAUCACAACCUGCAGAAGCCAAAACCUCACCCAGCAAAUUGCCGCUGAUCAUCGGAGGGUCUGUGGGCGGAGUCAUCGUGCUAGCCCUGAUUGUGGUGGCCAAUGUGUACCUGUUCCGUCGCUACCGGCAACGUCGCCACAGGAGAGAGCCUGGCGGUGGACUCCUGGGCGACAGCGACGCACCUCUCUUGGGCGCCGACGACGAUACCGAUCUGAUCAUGUGAUGAGGAUGCAAUAGACGCUCUGUGUUGAUUGGGAGGGGGUGGAUUAAAAUGGAUUUGUGAGUCAUGCUGACAAAAUGCGUUACUUCUCGUGAUCCACAAUAAGGGAUAAAGAUUGGUGCGGGAGGAUGAGAGAAGAGGAGAGUUAUGAAGGGAGAUGAAAGAUAAGCAGAGAGGAAGUGGGAGGGUAGAAGGGGACA